UCGGAUUAACCCCUAGUGGCCCGGAUUAACCCCUUCUGGGAUCGGGGACCGUGGAUAGACGGAGGCUGCAGAGGCGCCCCCGUCGGGGCAACGUGGACCAUGCCGGCUCCUCCGGGACCAUGUUGGCUGCUCGUGCUGCUGGUCGCUACCCUCGCCUUGGCCGGAACCAGCGCCACGGUGUUUGGCACCUCCGCGUCUGUGGCGGCGGCGGCGUCCGUGUCCCAGGUGGAGGUGCCGGCCGUCCCGCUGGCCCCGCCGCCCGGCGGGGUGAAGAAAGUGAUGUACUACGACGGCAAGACCCUGGCCAGGGUGGAGUACGGCCAGGACGGAGUGACGCUGCAGACCUGCCGCCUCUUCGAGCUCGAUGACGAGCGCGAGGCGGAGCCCAUCAUCAAGGCGCAGGGCCUGCCCGUGCAGCCCGUGGACCUGGCCACCAUGCUGCGCCUCAUCUCGCAGUGCAGGGAGCUGCGCGACUGGACGGCCAGCACCAACAGCACGCUCCAGUGGAGCGCCUCUUCGCUCUGGAGCGGCAUCAUACCCGGCACCAAGUGGUGCGGCCUGGGGGACAUCGCGUCCUCCUACGAGGACCUGGGCUCGCAGGUGGCCGUCGACCUCUGCUGCCGCGCCCACGACCACUGCCCCGUCAAGCUCAAGGCCUUCCGCAGUGGCUACGGACUCGUCAACUUCUCCCUCUACACCAAGUCCCACUGCGACUGCGACCGUGACUUCCAUGGCUGCCUCCGCGGAGCCAAGAGCAACAUCGCGGACACCAUCGGCAACGUCUACUUCAACGUCAUCAAGGUGCCCUGCAUACGCAAGGUGCGCAAGGCCGUCUGCACGGACAGGGGGCGCUACAGCCGCAACGAGAACAACUGCGAGGCCUGGGCCUACCAGGAACUGGGCAUGCAGUUCGUGCCGACGGAGCACCACUACGAAUGAACACGCUCGGCGGUGACCGUCGGUCGGGCAUCUGUACUGCGGCGCAGCUACCGAGGAAACUUGUAUGUGGUGGCGGCGAGGACGUCCUGGGGCAUAUCGAGAUCCGGGCUGACUCCUCGUCUUCGAAACUGCGCCGUACACUGUGUCCUGAUUCGCCUUCGGAAGUGUGCAAUGCGGCCGUCUUUGUCGUCUUUGUGGUGCUAUACGGUUGGUUCCAGUGCAGCCAUCGACGGAAACAGUUUAUAUAUUUUGUUAAUAUUGUUUUA